GCAGGCAUAUCCGGCUCCGGUGUCAUGGCGGACUCCUACCCUGAAUGCGCUCCGGCUGCUGUCGGCGAGAAGCGGCAACAGUUUGGGAGCAGAUUCCUGAGCGAUCCGGCGCGCGUUUUCCACCAUAAUGCCUGGGACAAUGUGGAGUGGUCAGAAGAGCAGGCCGCCGCUGCGGAGAGGAAAGUCCAGGAGAACAGUACCCCGCGGGUGUGCCAGGAGAAGCAAGUUGAUUAUGAAGUCAAUGCCCACAAAUACUGGAACGAGUUCUACAAAAUCCACGAAAACGGGUUUUUCAAGGAUAGACAUUGGCUUUUCACUGAAUUCCCAGAGUUGGCACCUAACCCAAACCACAAUGACUUGAAUGAUUGGCUCUCAGAGAACAAGAGGAGUGAAGUACCUGAAGGUAGGAGCAAAGAGGAGGGACCUGGUUUAAAAACAGAAGAACAGCACACGUGUUCUUCAGAUAGCCUUGGACAUAAAACACAGAUGCCUCCUUUGGAAGAAGAUGUGACUCGGAAACUCAGUCACCUGGAAAUCCGUGCCGAUGAGUUCCCUGGGUCCUCAGCCACCUACAGAAUACUUGAGGUUGGUUGUGGUGUGGGAAACACAGUCUUUCCGGUUUUACAAACCAACAAUGAUCCGGGACUCUUUGUUUACUGUUGUGAUUUUUCUUCCACAGCCAUAGAACUGGUCCGGACAAAUUCAGCAUAUGAUCCUUGUCGGUGCUUUGCCUUUGUUCACGAUCUGUGUGAUGAAGACGCGACUUACCCAGUGCCCGGGGGUAGCCUCGAUGUCAUCAUCCUCAUAUUUGUUCUCUCGGCGGUCAUUCCAGACAAGCACACUGCAAGGAAGAGGAAUGCUGUCCUUGAGGAGACCUGGUCUUCAUUCUCUGUUGGCCCACAGGAUGCAGAAGGCUAUCAGCAGGCUGAGCAGGCUGCUGAAGCCCGGCGGGAUGAUGCUUCUGCGAGACUACGGCCGCUACGACAUGGCGCAGCUUCGGUUUAAAAAAGGGCCUCUUGGCAAAUUGAUAAGGAGAAGAUCGGCCUCCCACCCAAAACAACAGGAAGGAAAAUUUUAGAGUUGAUUCACCGAAGGGCAGAUCCAAGUGGCCAGAAACAAAGGUAACAAAACUUAAGAGUGAGAUAACCACUUCUUAAACCUACUGCUGGCCAUUUCAAAGAGGGAGAUACACUUUUCCAUUACUGGUAGAAAUAAGUUGUUAAAUGGUGUUUGGGUUUUGUUUUUGUUUUGUUCCAUUUUGUUUUUUUAAGCACACUGGUGUUAUCUACUCAGUCUAAAAGUCCUUCGGGGAAUUACUCAAGAACUAGCACGUAAUGUGCGUUUAGGCAAAGUCUUUGAAACAAAGUGAAUGUCUCUGCAGAAGGGGGGCAUCACACGUGCGGCGUGAGGUGGACCCCACACCAGUGGUCCUGGGUGGGGGGGUCUCUGUCCUACCUUCCCAGACGAGAAAAGCAGUGUGCGGGGUGACUGUCUCCAACUGGUUCGCGUCUACAAGAGUGGCUGGGGAGGAAUAAGCAAAGCAAGUGAGAUUAUAGUGACGUUCCAGAAGUGUAGGAUUACCUGGCAGGCUGGUAAGCUGACGUUAGGUCAGAGGCCGUGCUGGCUGAGGGCCGGGCACGCGGACCGUACCCGUGAGUGUGUGUGGCCGUGUGGAGAGAUGUGGGCAGCGGUCGUGGUGGCUCAGGUUUCCUCCCCGUCGGUCUAGCUACAGUCUGUGGCUUUGAUCGAUCGACUGAUUUUUAUUUUGUUUUACAAAGAGUCUGUGGUAUUUAUUGUAUGCGGGAGGGGGCAAAACAUUUGCAGCAUGAACCGGCUCUAGACGAGAAGGCGGAGGCCCGCAGGACGGAGCACUGGGGUUUGAGCGCCCCCGGGGCUGCCCAUGUCCACAGCACGAGCCCACAGGUGCCCCGCGUCACGAGGAAAGCCUUCUGUUCUCUGCCCAAGAAAUCGGUGUCGGUGCUGCACGUGGGAUUGGCAGUGAGAGUCAAAGAGGUGCCGGAAAGUUUCUCUGAUUUUUAUCACCUCGC